AUGGCAUCAGGUUCUAGUUCCUCUGGUUAUCACGCCGGCGGAAAGUCGAAUCUUAACGAUGCGGAACAUCACGUAUUUGAUAUUAAAGUUGGUACCAUUAAUCAAUUAAGUAGUUCUUCUAUAGAAAAAAUUCCAACUGAUAAUGAGGAUCAAAAUACUUCACGAUUGAAUUUAUUCGGUCCUGUUGAUUCAUUUAUUAAUAACAUCAUUAUUAAUUUAAAAAAUGAUAACAAUGAUUCUCAUUCUGCUGCACAGGCUGUUUCUUCUUCAUCCACGGAUACCCGUCAGUUGAAAGAAAAGGAUAGUGUCCGAAUUAUUCAGAGUGACUUCAUUGAGAAUAUUGACGAAAGUUUUGUUGAUUACUCAAAGUUUUACACGGAUUCUUUAGUAAAAUUUGAACAAUCCUUUAUAGCUGAAAAGGAGGAAAAAGUGGAAAAAUUACAACAUACUUUACAAAAGAUUGAUGACCUGAGAAGAAAAAGUGAAGCUGAUCAUACCAUAUCAUGCAAGAAACAUCAAUGUGACGAGCCCGGGUGCUGCAAAUUUUUUAGUACAAAGAGUAAUUUAAAGGUUCAUCAACGUUCUCAUUCUGACGAAAGACCAUUUAAAUGUAAAGAAGAUGGAUGUACAAAGACAUAUACCACUUCACAUGGAUUAAAAAUUCAUGAAAAAAGUUAUCAUGGAGAGAAACCUUUCUCCUGUGAUGAGCCCGGAUGCAAUAAAUCAUUUGGCACGGAAAUUAAUUUGACGAUUCACAAACGUUCACACACCGGCGAAAGACCAUUUAAAUGUAUGGAAUCGGGUUGUGCAAAGUCCUAUACUACCUCACACGGAUUAAAAGUACAUGAACGAAAUCAUAAUGGUGAGAAACCUUACGUUUGCGAUGAGCCGGGAUGCGAAAAAUCAUUUUUUACAUCAAGUAGUUUACAAGUUCAUAAGUGUAUGCAUUCAAAGGAUAAACCUUAUGCAUGUGAUGAACUAGGAUGUACAAAGGCAUUCAAGCGUCCUGAUGAUUUAAAAACUCACAAACGUAAACAUACGGGAGAUUUGUAUUUAAAGUGUGAGUUUGCUGAAUGUGAUAAGAAAUUUUCUAAAAUGAGUCACCUACAAAAUCAUCGUAGAGUUCAUACAGGAGAAAGACCUUAUGAAUGUAAAGAAUGUGGCAAGAGAUUUAGUCAAUUAGGCAAUUUGCAAAUUCAUGAAAAAACCCAUUCUGAUGAGAAACCUUUUAUUUGUGAAGUGACCGGAUGUAAGAAAGCAUUUGUUUUAUUGGGAAAUUUGAAGAAACAUCAAAGCACGCAUUCAGAAGAUAAACCGUUUAUUUGUGAUCUACCUGGAUGUGACAAGACGUUCAAAAGAUCGGAUGUUUUAUUUAGACACAAGAAAAAUCAUGAUUUGGCGAAAAUCUAUGUUUGUGAAGAGAAUGGUUGUAAAAAAUCAUUCACGAACUUUACAAGAUUACAAACGCAUAAAUAUACACACUUGGAUGAAAAGCCAUGGAAAUGUGGAGAAACAGGAUGUGGUCGAAUGUUUAGUAGAAUGAAUGAUUUAAGAACCCAUCAGAGAUUACAUACCGGAAAUAAAUUAAUGAUUUGUAGCUUUCCGGAAUGUGGAAGAAAAUUUACCCAUUCGGGUCAUCUAAGGGAUCAUGAGAGGUCUCACACCGGAGAGAGACCUUAUAUUUGUGAUCAUCAGGGGUGUACAAAAGCAUUUACUACCGCAAGCAGUUUGCAAAGACAUAAAAGGAAACACAUUGAUGAAUUUAUUAAUUCCAUUAAUAUGAAUGCUAUUCAUAAACACGUUUACGUAUGA